AUGACGGCUGUAUUCCGGAAUGGCCGCAUCUUUGUCCCGUCCACGACUCCGGCACAGGAAUCGAAUGAUUUUGCCGAUGCGAUGAUCAUCACCGGUGAUCGCAUCUCAUAUGUCGGAUCUCUGGAUCAGGUAGAAAUACCUGCCGAGGCGACGGUGGUGGACUUGAACCACCGCGUCGUCGUCCCCGGCUUCAUUGAUGCGCAUGUCCACAUCUUACACUACGGUCACUCCUUGCAGAAAGUAGAUCUCAUUGACUGUACAUCGCUCGACGAGAUUCGGGCCACGAUCAAAACAUAUGCCGAGGCCAAUCCAUCUGCUCCGCGAAUCUUCUGUCGCGGAUGGCUUCAAGUGACCACCAACGGCGUAGCACUGGCCAGUAUGCUGGACGAUCUGGAUCCCAGGCCCAUCUUCAUCGAUGCGUUUGAUCUCCAUUCCAUGUGGUGCAAUUCUGCCGCCCUCAAAGCCAUGGGCGCCGAUACUGCGCCCGACCUGCCGGGGGGUUGCAUUCACCGCGAUGAGAAUGGACGGCCGUCGGGUCUCCUGGACGAAUCUGCAGUGAUGAACAUGGCAUGGCCCUACGUGGAGAGCCUCCACUCGAGAGAGGAUAAGCUCGCCGCCCUCGACAAGGCCAUCUCGGCUUACAGUGCGGCUGGCUAUACCGGGGUCGUGGACAUGGCCAUGGAUGAGCCGACGUGGGAGAUUCUUAACGAGUACCGCCGAGACAAAACGAUCCCUUUCCAUGUGGCGGCACACUGGCUUGUGCCGUACACCGAGAACCAAGAAGCCAAUUUCAAAUACGUGGACCGUGCCGUGGAAUUACGACGUCAAUUCCAGAAUCCCAGCUUUUGCGUGGUCGGCGUCAAACUUAUCUGCGACGGAGUCGUGGAUGGAUGCACUGCCGCCCUCUUGCAACCCUACACCGGAAAAAAAGAUCUUGUGGAGCCCAUCUGGCCGGAGCACCAGCUUCGCGAAGUGGUGCAACGAGCAGAUGCAGCGGGACUGCAAUGCGCCAUCCAUGCCAUUGGUGACCGCGCUGUCCACCAAGCCAUCAACGUCCUGUCUCAAGUCGGCACCCCCGGUCGAAGACAUCGAAUCGAACACCUCGAGCUGACGACAUCCGAGGAUGCUAAACGACUGGGCGAGCUUGGGAUUACUGCCUCCGUGCAACCCGUCCAUUCUGACCCGGCCCUCUUCAAAGCCUGGCAUGACCUCGUCGGACCAGAUCGAUGCCAGCGCGCCUUUGCGUACAAGGAUUUCCUGGAUGGUGGAGCCCCUAUGGCAUUUGGAACCGAUGCCCCCACAGCAAGCAACCUUCCAUUUCCUAAUCUGUACAACGCAACGACGCGGCGAUCCGCACUCGAGCCGGAGAGCACAGACACGGUGAACGCUCAAUUCAGCGUGACAUUGGCGCAAGCGACGACGGCGGCGACGGCGGGAGCAGCGUAUGCCCGAUUUGCCGAGUCUUGGACGGGGCGGUUGCAGCCGGGGUUAUCGGCCGAUUUUGUGGUUGUCGAUACGCAAUGGUCCGCAGACAAGCUCCUUGAAGCCAAGGUCUGUCAAACUUGGUACAGGGGAAAGAAGGUGUUUGAUGUGGCCCAUUCGGCAUGA